AUGGCGUCCACGCUUCCAUCGCCUCCAAAUUCGCGUGAUAGCUCGCCUGACUCGACCUCUAAAUCCAACACCGCCGCCGAUGACGGCGAGUCCCUCUCGUCCCGGCUUGACCUCCUCCUGAUCGAGUACCUCUCCCUCCUGGACAGAUACACCACCCUCCGCGCUCGGCUCGGCAGAGACUUCUCAUCCGGGUUCUUCGCGCUCGCGCAAGCGAACCGGUAUGCGGACUCCUCACUAGGCGCAGGGAGAAGGUAUGGCGAGGAAGGAUUCGACGAUAGGAUGAAAGCAAGGAGGGUAGUCGGUAUCAAGCGAGGAGAACGGACUGACAGGGACCGAAGUGGUCAGGGUGUCGAGUUAGAGGCGGCCGGGGAGACGAUACAGCACUCUGACAAGAAAGAUCUAUCUAAACGAAAAAACAAGCCACAGCUGUCUGAGGUCAUGGUUAGCGACGCGCCCAAGCAGGACUCUAGCGAGCCAGAGCUGCACGAACAAGAGUUAAAGGAUGGUAUUGACAGCGAACUGCCUUUGUACACUCAUCACCUUUCAGUCGAGACUUCCCUACUCCCCACGAAAGACCCUCUUAGAUGGUACGGCAUCCUGGUCCCUCCAGCGUUACGGACGUGUCAGGACCACUUCGCCACAGCCGUCUCCUCUGUGAUGCCAGAACUCUUGAACACUACAUUUUCAAUGGGAAGCGUAGAGGAUGAGAUCUGGACAAUUCGACGUGAGCUGGGUAUCCUCGACGAGUACGAAUACAACCCCAGUGACAUAGCCGACAAUCUGGAUGAAGAAGGCAUGAAGAAUCAUUCCAGACCUAGCCCUCAAGAUCAUGAGCCAGAGACGUCUGUUUCAGCCUUGGAGUUGACAUCGUCUAGGUCCAAGGCUUCACCGGCCAAGAAUCCAUCGAGUCUAUUGUCCACUUCCUCAGGGGGUAUGUCACCUCAGCCGCGAUCCAGGGUUUUGAAACUGGACUGA